CCAUCCUAGAUAUUUUCUUACACAAUAUCCUCAGAUACCCAGAGGAAUAUCUAUAUCCAUAAAACCAUGGCAUUUUUAGAGAUAUAGAACUAGCUGAUAAGCAUGAAUUUAUGAAAUCUCACUUAUUCUAUUGGUGGUGUCACCCCGCCCAUUCCAAGAAAUGAACGGUGCCGAGGUUACCGAAUCCUUGGACGAAUGGCAGCAAAUCCAAUCCCCCGUGGGAAUAGACAUGGCGGUUAUCAGAGACAACUACCUCGACUUCAACAAAGACCGCUCCUUCGUCUUCCCUCCUAGCCACCACGAAGGCCUACAACUGCAAGUAACUCAACAGGAUCUUCAAGCCCCUGAAGACACAAGUUCAGAACCUCGUUCUUUGUCGUCGUCGUCGUCGUCGGGUUCUGAAGGUGAAGAGGAGGAAAAUCGAAGGUUGUCGUCGCUCCAGGUGGCCACUAACGAGAUACGGAGGCGUUGGAGAGUGCGUUUUGAGAUUCUGAGGACUGGAGUCUUCCAUUUGGCUUCCAGGGUUCGUAGCUGCGCGGUGUGUUCCGGCGGGUUUUGGUCGAUUGCAUCGGUGACCGGAGUGUUGGCGGCGGUGUUGCUGUCUUUCUUGUACGUGAGGGUGCAGCGGCGGCGUCGAGGAGUCCACCAACAGAGCAAGCUUCGUUUAUUUUCUCUUAUCAGAGAGAAAGACGAGAAAAUCGGGCAGCUCUUGCUCCACAUUGCGCAAAUGGAUGAAGUAUUAUUGGCACGCCGCAGGGUUCCCGUUCUCCGCAUUGGUUGAAUAAUCAUAUGCAGCAUCCAGCAACCAGAUAUUUACUUUAGGAUCUGCAUCUCGCCAGCUCCUCGGCAGCAUCUUCUUGAGCAUCGGAAAUUAGAAAUUGAGAGAGAGAUACAUAUAAUUGUUUUAUAAGAAAGAUGCUAAUAUAUCAUACUGGUGACUGCAUCCAGUUCUUCAUAUCA